ACGAAUGUAAACAAACGCUCGAGGGCCGACUAUGACGAAGGACGCAAGAUGAACGUGGCUUUCAACAGUCGGGAUCUUCUUCAUCUCUCUGUGGCUCCUGGAACGAAAUCAUGGAGUAUUUUCGUCGGUGUGAUGUCCAUUGGAAUUGGUGCAUCAUACUAUAGCCCAGAUGACCAUAUUCUUAUGAAGAUCGCCUAUCUCACUGGAUGUCUCAUUCUUGGCCUCACAUUCUUGGAUGAUUGGGAGGAUUGUGUGUUUGAUAUCAAGAAGGGUCAAGUGACCAUAACGAGACGCAACUGGUUUGAGUGGCUAACGAGCCGCUGUGCUGAUCACAACACGCUCAUCCUCGAUACAGGCUCGGUCAUUGCAGUCACAGUCGUGCAAGGGAAGGGCGGGCACAAAGAUAGCUAUCAAGUUGCAAUGGUUUUAAGAGCUGGAGGAACGAUGCCAAUUUCAGAAACAAGUGCAGGUGGGAAAAGCGAACAAGAGCACCUCGCGAAGAAAGUGCGAGACUUCCUGUCACUGGAUCGCGUCGAGUCUGUCAGAAAUGUGUGGAAUGACUGGUCGGAGAGCGAUGAAGAGGACUUCCUUAUGGUUCCUCAGCCACCGUUUGAGGUUGAAUGCCUAAAGGGUAGUGGAAAUAUAAAUUUUGAGGAUGUUAAAUUAGAAAACGAACGUGUUGUACAGCAAGGGGAGAGUGAUGAAAUGGACACUUCCAGCAGUGAUGAGGAGCUAUAUGAUGACCUCUGAGCCCUGCCAAUAGAGGAGGGAGGUGUGUGAGUGCUUUGUAGUUGUGCGCUGUGAUUCAAAAGCCAUGAAAUACACUAUCAGUGACAUGCUUCCCUCUGUGCUGUCCUUGUCACUUCUUUAUGUAGGGGACAGCCUUUUGAAGUAUACUCAUAAUGAGUGAUGUUCUUUUUAUUUGUAUGUAUACAUAAUGUAACUGCUAAUACUGACUGACACUACCACUGUGCCAUGAUCCCCAGUAUCUUUGUCUGUGCACCUUCUGUACCAUGAGUGUAGAAUGUUUAUAAUCAAGACUCAGGUUCUUUGUGUCAGUAAGCAAAAAA